AAAUGAACAUUAUCGCUCAAGAGCUUUAGACAAACCCAACCACAGCAAUAUGUACAAGUUUUUGGUUCUCGCUGCCCUCGUUGCCUGCUCCGCGGCCAAGCCAGGAGUUGUGGCCCCACUGGCUGCCCCCCUGGCUGCUCCUCUGGCCUACGCCAAUGCUCCUCUGUACGCCGCCGGUGGCAGCAGCCAGGUGGAUGUCCGCAACAACUACGACGGCACCCUGUCCUCCUACACCACCGCCCCCUUCGAGUACGCCGGUCCCUACUCCAGCCGCUAUGUGUCCGGAGUCCCAGCUGCCCCCGCCGUGGUGGCGAAGUACGCUGCUGCUCCUCUGGCCGCCGCCGCCUACUCCGCCCCUCUGGCCGCUCCUUAUGCCACGCCCUACGCCGCCGCCGCCUACUCUGCCUACCCCUACGCCUCUCCCUAUGCCGCCCCCUACCUGGCAUCCCCCUACGCCGCCCCCUACGCCGCUCCCUACGCCGCUCCCUUCGCCGCUGCUGCCCCUGCUCCAGUGGUGGUCUAAGGACUAGGAUCAACCAAUAAACCAAGCCAAACUAUAGACAAUUUUUG